AGAAUCAAUACAACUAGAGAUUCCAAAGUGGAUAUUUCAAGUUUCUUGGAUCGGUGUUGUGUUUGUGUUUCAACUAUUGUGAACUGUAAACAUGGCUUUCUCGUUCAAGAUAUUUGAGAAGCUGUCGAUUAUCUUUUUAUUGAUAACGAUAGUGAAUCAUAUCGCAGCACGACCUGGAACAGAGUGGGUUUCAAACCAUGCCUGCCAUAAUGCCGAUUCUACCAAGAGAGAAAUAUGCCAAAGAUGUGCGAAACAAACCAAAUCACCAAUAGUUUAUCCUAUGUGCUGCAACGAAGAAGAUGAGGUACACAAUUGGUGCUACAGAUAUACGAAUUAUGGAAAGGUUGCCUAAAUAUUGAAAUUAAUGACAUAUGUGUUAUAGAAUAUGUGAUAUCUAUUCUUCAUGUUUUUCUGAAAGGAAUAUAGUUGAAACAAAUUUUAGAAUUAGAGUAA